CCCUCACUCUGCCCAGUGCUCAGUGCUCUCAGCUCUGCUCACCACCACCACAGUGACCACACCACACCACACCACAUCCAGUGCCGCUUCUUCCCACUCCCCAGCUCACAUCCUCCGUCUCCCCCACCGCUAAUCGUCGGUACCUCUGUUCCCCGAGCUCCUCUUCUUCCUCGAGUCCCGACCUACCAAUCCCAACCCAACGCGGCUCUACCGCCCGCCGCCGCGCCGUAGCAGCCUAGCGUCGCCGCCGUCCUCCUCGCCGCAAGAUCGCGCUCCUGCUGUCUCCGCCCCGCUGAGGGUUUGAGGUAUGGUUGGUUGGUUGGGUUCUCUCCGAUUGUAAAGAUGCAUACCGUAUUUCCUCAUUCAUGACCUCUGGAAUAUGCUCUAGUCACCCUUGUAUGCUCCACCAGGUGGUGACAAAUGGGCUAUUUUCUCAGAAAUCAGCCCAGUUUCCUCUUUAUUCUGAUCAUCCUGCACUUUGGGGCCCGUGCAGCAAGAGCGCUAAGUUCAGAUGGUGAAGCACUUCUCGCCUUUAAGAAGGCAAUCACAAAUUCAGAUGGGAUCUUUCUAAAUUGGCACGAACAAGACGCGGAUCCCUGCAACUGGAAGGGUGUUAAAUGCGAUGGUCACAGCAAGAGAGUGAUUUAUCUGAUUCUCCCAUAUCACAAGUUAGUCGGGCCCAUACCACCAGAAGUUGGAAGGCUAAAUCAGCUUCAGACUUUAUCACUACAGGGGAACAGUUUGUAUGGUUCACUCCCUCCCGAGCUAGGAAAUUGUACCAAGUUGCAACAACUAUAUCUACAAGGAAAUUAUAUAAGUGGAUAUAUCCCUUCGGAAUUUGGUGAUCUGGUUGAGCUCGAGACAUUGGACUUAUCCAGCAAUACGUUGAAGGGAUCAAUCCCGCAUUCUCUUGAUAACCUGACCAAACUUGCAUCAUUCAAUGUAUCCAUGAACUUUCUGACAGGAGCAAUACCAUCAGAUGGUUCACUUGCCAAUUUUAAUGAAACUUCCUUUAUUGGGAACCGUGAUUUAUGUGGUAGGCAGAUUAAUUCAGUGUGCAAAGAUGCACUUCAAUCACCAUCAGAUGGCUCCCAGCAGCCUUUGAAAGAUGACACAAAUAAAAGGAGUUCCAGAGUUGUUAUAAGUGCGGUCGCGACAGUGGGAGCUCUGCUAUUAGUGGCUCUGAUGUGUUUCUGGGGUUGUUUUCUGUACAAAAAUUUCGGGAAGAAAGAUAUCCAUGGUUUCAGGGUAGAGCUAUGUGGAGGCUCUUCUGUUGUGAUGUUCCAUGGGGACCUCCCUUACUCCACGAAAGAUAUCCUUAAGAAGUUAGAGACCAUGGAUGAGGAAAAUAUCAUUGGAGCAGGGGGCUUUGGGACCGUGUAUAAACUUGCAAUGGAUGAUGGUAACGUUUUUGCAUUGAAAAGGAUAGUGAAAACAAAUGAGGGGCGUGACAAAUUCUUUGAUAGAGAACUUGAGAUAUUGGGAAGUGUUAAGCACCGUAAUUUGGUCAAUCUCCGUGGCUAUUGCAAUUCCCCUUCAUCGAAACUGUUGAUAUAUGACUACCUUCCAGGUGGAAGCCUGGAUGAAGUGCUACAUGAAAAAACUGAGCAGUUGGAAUGGGAGGCACGCAUUAACAUAAUACUUGGAGCUGCAAAAGGCCUGGCUUACUUGCAUCAUGAUUGCUCACCUCGAAUAAUACAUCGUGAUAUUAAGUCGAGCAAUAUCUUACUGGACGGCAAUUUUGAGGCACGUGUAUCAGACUUCGGACUUGCAAAGCUACUGGAGGAUGAAGAAUCUCAUAUUACUACAAUAGUUGCAGGAACAUUUGGAUAUCUUGCGCCAGAGUAUAUGCAAAGUGGCAGGGCCACCGAAAAGACGGAUGUAUACAGUUUUGGAGUUUUGGUACUCGAGAUACUGAGCGGAAAGCGACCUACUGAUGCAUCAUUCAUUGAGAAGGGGUUGAACAUUGUUGGAUGGCUGAACUUCUUGGCUGGAGAGAGCAGAGAGCGGGAGAUCGUGGAUCCGGAUUGCGACGGCGUGCAGAUCGAGACCCUGGACGCCCUGCUCUCUCUCGCCAAGCAAUGUGUGAGCUCUUUGCCGGAGGAGCGGCCGACGAUGCACAGGGUGGUACAGAUGCUGGAGUCGGAUGUAAUUACACCGUGCGGCAGUGAUUUCUACGAUUCAGAGUAGGGCUACGAAACCACGGCUGCUGGCAUCUGUGAUUGUGUGGUAGUGAUUUCUACGGUCUGGAUUGAGACGCACCACAUCCUUCUGCCGCUGGUUUCCCUGUGGAGGCACAUUCCAUUUAUUCUUUGCAGAUUUUUCUAAAUGCAUGCGUUACCGAGGGGUUGGGUGGGCUCCAACAGGCUGGUUCUACGGGGACAACAUUUUUGCGAUUUGUAUGUAUCUAUAUGCCACGCUACAGACUGUUAUAUGUUGAUUUAAUAAGGAGACUUGCCUGGA